AUGAAAAGCACUAUUUCAGAAUCACGAUUUGAAAUUUUAAACGUAGAAGCUGCAGGAUGUCCAGGCAACUUUAAAUACUGCCCGUUCAAACGGGGAUCUGAACCGCGGCUAAGAAUCACCUUCAAACCAAACAGAAAAGUUUCUGCACUAGAAACUACGAUUCAAGCUAAAAUUGGAAUCUCUUAUGUGCCUUUCUACAUGGAAAACCCGAAUGCCUGCAAAAAUUCCAAUUUGACCUGCCCACUGAUAAAAGGGCAAACCUACUACUACAGCCAGUCUGUUAAAAUUCAGGAUUACGUCCCAAAGGUGAACGUACAAGUUAAUUGGAUGGUAAAUGAAAAAUCAAAACUUGGAGACGAAGGUCAAGGUGGAAGAGAUCUUUGUUUGAUAUUUCUGGCUAAAGUUGUAGACUAA